AUGGAGUUUGUAUCCGCAAUCAUUGGUCCUAUUGUUGAAUCUUUAAUUGCUCCUGUCAAGAAACAACUGGGAUAUCUCUUUUCCUCCACAAAGCAUGUUAGGAACAUGAAUGCUAAAAUAAAGCUACUGGAUGAUACAAGCCGUGAUGUCAAAAAUCACAUGGAAACAAACAAUAGAAGUAAUCUGGAGAUACCUGCUCAUGUAUCGGGGUGGUUGGAAAAAGUCGAAAAGACUAAAGAAAAAGCUCAAAGGCUAAACAGUCCAAGUACUGGGAAUGGAUGUUUUAACAUGAAAAUGAGGUAUCGAGCAGGAAGGAAUGCAUUCAAGAUCACGGAGGAGAUGGAAAGUCUUAUUGAUGAAAAUAUUAAGAUAAUGUGGGCAAAUGCUCAAAAACCUCUUGGGAAAGUGAAGUCUAAUAACGCAUCCACUUCUACGCCAUCAGUUGGUGAUGCCCAAAAUCACUUUAAAUCGAGAGAGAAGUCUUUUAAGGAUGCACUUGAGUUCCUUCAACAAGAUCACAUGAGCAAAGUGAUAGCCCUUUGUGGAAUGGGUGGUGUGGGGAAAACCACUAUGAUGGAACAACUGAAAAAGACUGUAGAAGAUAAGAAAAUGUUUGACUGGAUUGUGAAGGUGGUGAUUGGGCAAAAGACUAACAUGCUUUCUAUUCAGCAAGCUGUAGCAGAAUACAUGGGCCUAUCUCUAACUGAAACGAGUGUAGCAGCAAGGGCAGAUCGUCUUCGUAUCACAUUUGGGAAAAUGUCAGAAAGAAAAGAAAAGAUUUUAGUGAUAUUAGAUGAUGUAUGGGAGAUGAUUGAACUCAAAGAUAUUGGACUGAGUCCUUUGCCUAACGGCUUCAAGCUGUUGCUAACAUCACGAUAUGAAAAUAUUUGCAAACAAAUUGGAGUAGAAGUUGAUCCAGAUUUGAAAAUCGUUAAAGUGGAUGUGGUGGAGGAGCCCGAAGCACAGAAUUUCUUUUGGCAAAUUACAGGUGCUUUAAAACAACAUGAUAAUGAGCUGAAUAAAAUAGGAACAAAGAUUGUGAGAAGAUGUGGGUUUUUGCCCCUUGCCAUUAAUCUCAUUGCCAGUCGUCUUAAGUUUGAAGAAAAGGGUGCAUGGAGAGAUACACUUCGCCGUUUGGAGAAUAAAAAUCUUGAUUAUGUGCAAGAAAGUAUCAAGAUAAGCUAUGACUAUAUAAAAGAAGAGGAGGAAAAAGCGAAUUUUCUUCUGUGUGGCUUGUUUCCCGAUGACUUUAAUAUUCCAAUCGAGGAACUCACAAGAUAUGCAUGGGGCUUACGGUUGUUAAAUGGAGUUUCUACUUUGGGAGAGGCUAGAGAUGGGACAGAGACGCAUGUACACAGUCUCAAAAAAGCAAAUUUGUUGAUGGAUGGCGAUUACAUUGGGUGUGUCAAAAUGCAUGAUCUUGUGCUCGAUUUUGUUUUAGGUAGAGUUUCUAAGUGUGACCAUCCUUGGGUAAUUAAUCAUGGUGAUAAUUCAAAGUGGAGUAGUGAUGGAAUGAGUGAAAUUUGUAACAGAAUUUCUAUUACUUGCAUGGGCAUGUUUGAGUUUCCUAGAGACUUUAAAUACCCAAACCUUUCACUUUUGAGACUUAUGGAUGGAGAUAAGUCGCUUAAGUUUCCUGAAGCACAACUGUCAGAGCACCUUUCUGCAUUAGAAGUUGAGUUCUUUGAUAACAGUGGUAAGCCCGUGAAUGUGUUGUUUAUGGAACUUAAAAGGUUCAAGAUCUCCAUGGGACGUGCUUUAGGAGAUUAUACGGGCUUCAAGAAGCACUCAUUUGAAAACACAUUGAUGUUGGUCACUAGCAAAGAUGAGCUGUUGGAAUCUAGAAUGAAUGAGUUGUUUGAGGAAACUGAGGUGCUUUAUUUAGAGGUGGAUGGCAUGAAGGAUCUUGAAGAAGUUUUAGUGGAACCCAAAUGUGUGCCUCAACAUUUUUUUAAUAAUUUAAGAGUCCUUGAUGUUUUCAAGUGUGCAAACUUGAAAUGCCUCUUCACAGUUCCUAUGGUAAGUGGUUUGAUGAAGCUUGAGCGUCUCACAAUUUCUGAGUGCCCUGUUCUGGAUGUACUGGCAUAUAGUGAGAAUGGUGUAAUUAAGUUUCAGGAGCUAAAGUUUCUAAAAUUGGAUAGGCUACCAAAGUUGGUUAGUCUUUGCAAUACUGUUAAUGUAAUUGAGCUACCAGAGCUGGUGGAGUUGAUACUAGAUGGCCUUCCUAAUUUCACUAGCAUUUAUCCUGGGACUACAUCUUCUAUAUCCAGUAACGUUUCUGAAAAUCAACCAUUCUUUAACAAAGAGAUGUUGAUUCCUAAGUUAGAGAUAUUGAAAAUUUUUAGUAUGGAUAAGCUGAAAGAGAUAUGGCCUUAUCAAUUUAGUAGUAGUGACAAAGUUAAUGCCUGCAUGUUGAGAGAGAUUAAAGUGGCGAAUUGUGAUAAUCUUGUGAAUCUGUUUCCAACCAAUCCCAUGUCUUUAUUGGGUCGUCUGGAAGAGCUUGGUGUUUUAGGAUGUGGAAGCAUUGAAGUGUUAUUUAACAUCGACAUGAGUUGUGUUGGUGAAAUUGAAGAAUACAGUAGCAACUUGAGACAAAUUGACGUAUAUGGUUUGGGGAAGCUAAGAGAGUUGUGGAGGAUCAAAGGUGAAAGUAGCUCUGAUAUCCUCAUCCGUACCUUUCAAUCUGUUGAAUGGAUACAAAUAAAAUGGUGUGAGAGGUUUGUAAAUGUAUUCACACCGACUCUCACCAAUUAUGAUGUGAGAACACUUAUGAAUGUGAGUAUAGAUGGUAGGAGACCUUGUGAAGAAAUAAAGACAAACAUUGAAUCGCUUCACAAAAGCCAAGAGAUUAAUGUCAUAUCCUCAAUUCAUCCCAAACCUUUUCUUAAUUUCCUUCAAGUAACUGACUGUAAAGAUGUUGAAGUGGUGUUUGAGAUAGAGAGUUCCAGCAGCAACACAGAUUUCACAACAACUCCACAUAAAUAUAAUCAUCAACCACCACUACUACUACUACUUCCCUACCUCAAGGAAUUGAGGUUAUUUGAUAUGGAGAGGAUGAGUGAUGUGUGGAAGUGCAAUUGGAAGAAACUUAGUAUCGAUGAUCAGUUCAAGUGUUCUCAAGUCGGUGUUGCUUCUUGGUUCUUAAGCCAAUACUCCAAAGAGAUUAUUAUACGUGAUUGUCAUGCCUUGUCAAGAGUGUUUCCAUCUUAUGUAGUGGAUCUAUUUGAAAGUGAAAGAGUCAACAAUGAUGGAGUUGAUAGUACUACUAAUGUUGGUGAUGGAAGUGAUGAUACUUGUAGUACUGCAAUCACCAUCCCAAGGUCCGCAAAUAUGACUUUGCUUCAAUUGGCCAACCUAACGAUGUUGACAAUCAAAAAGUGUGAAGUUUUGGAAUAUAUAUUCACAAGUUCCACACUUGAAAGCCUCAAGCAUCUCAAAGAAUUGACUGUAGAAGAAUGCAAGGCAAUGAAAGUGAUUCUGAAGGAAGAUGGAGAGCACAGAGAAACAUCUAAAUCUAUAAUAGUGUUCCCACGUCUCAAGUCUCUUACACUGGGUGGCUUACCAAAUAUCAAGGGUUUCUUCUUGGGGAUGAAUGAGUUCAGAUGGCCAGUAUUGGAAAAGGUUAAGAUUUAUGGCUGCCUACAAAUGAUGACUUUCACAUCUGGUCACUCCAAGGCUCCGAAGCUCAACUACAUACAUACAAUAUUAGGCAAACAUAGUCUUGAAUGUAGCCUCAACUUCCAUUUGACCAAUGUUACACAUGAGCAUACUCAACUCCCUAUGUGCUCUACUCCAGAUAUGAUAAAGCUACUUCAAUUCCCUUGGUCUUUUUCAAAUUUAAUUGAAGUAGAUGCACAUGAGUAUGGUGACAAAUUGUUGAAAAGCAGCAUAAUUUUUCCAUGCAAGGAGUUGCUUAAUCUGAAGAAUCUUGAAAAGGUUUAUAUUAUCAAACCCAAGUAUGUUGAAUCCACAAUAGAGGAGGUAUUUGAAGUAGUAGAUGAGACAAACAAGUAUGUGGUAGUUCCAAAGCUAAAGGAGGUGGCUCUGAAUGGACUAGAGAAACUAAAACAUAUGUGGAAGAGCAAUCGGUGGAUAGUGUUGAACUUUCCAAACCUUACAAAGGUGUCAAUUAAUAACUGUCCACUUCUUGGACACGUGUUCAGUGGUUGCAUGGUUGGUAGUCUAUUGAAGCUCCAAGUGCUAAAAAUAAGUGACUGUGAGAGUAUGGAUGUGAUUGUGAAGCAAGUUGAAGAUUCCGAAACUAGACCGAUUACUGAGGUUGUGUUCCCUUGUCUAAAAUCCAUAACACUUGAAAAGCUUCCAAAUCUCAAGGGAUUUUGCUUAGGAAAGGGAGAUUUUCUAUGGCCAUCAUUAGAUGCUUUGGAAAUCAAAAAUUGUCCAGAAAUAGCGGUUUUCACAAAUGGACAAUCAACUACUCCGGAUCUGAAGUUAAUAGAUACAACUUUCGGACUGUGUCAUGUAAUGGAAGACCCAAACACUUUUAUAAAGACCAAACAACAAGAGGGAUGGCAGUUUUAGAGAAACAACAAAUUCACACAUGCAGUUUGAUGCAUUUUGAAGUUAGCUAUAAAGUAUAAACCAUAGGUAAGAUUACAUUGUACACUUUUUUUCUUUUGUCCUUCUCAUGUACAUGUUUUUCUACCUUAAUUGUCUGAUUGAAUUGACUUGUUGUCAUAGUUGCUUGCUUACUCUUUCAAUCUUGGUUAUUGAACUUCUAGUUUCAAGUAAUCUCAUGUACGAUGUGUCUACUUCUUGUAUUUGAUUAAGCUGUGACCAACUUGGCAAUAAAUACGCAAG